GGCGUGCGCAUGCGUAGCUUUACUGUUGUCAAGUUUGAACAGACAUGCAAAAUGACUUGAGACAUAGAAUAACUAACGGAGCAGAUACUGCUUUGUUUAAACACACACAGUAUCGUUACAGCACGGGUGCGGGCAGAAAGAUGGCAACUGCUAGCUUCCUGGCCGGGAGUCCCUUGCAGGGGGGUAGGUCACCACUUGCGCAGCAGCUGCCACAACUGAUGCAGGAAACAGAGUUGCAGAAGCUGUUGACAGAUGAGCGAAUGCGCAGUGAGCAACAUAAAACUAACUACCAGCAGCUGAAACUAGAACACUCAAGAUUACAAGAUGAGUACAUGCAUCUACAAACGGAGGUUAAGACUACUAUUGAGGAGAGCCGCAUUGUACAGGAGAAGUACAAGUCAAUGUUGGAACAAACCAGGAGAGAACUUAUAGAGAGGACAGCUGAGGUCGAGGAGCUUCGUACCAAGGUAGUGACCCCCCAGAGACUGGACAUCCUCAAGCUACAGGUGACUGAGGACCUGGAAAAGACCUACCGGGAGAAGUACCACAAGCAGGAGCAGGAGAUUGAGGAGUAUCGGAACGCACUCAAUAAAGUCAGAUGGUUCUCCUUCCUGAAGUCCGAGUAUGAGCAUGACAAGCUGGAGAGUCAGAGAGUUUUGGAAGAGGUGAAGAUGCAGCACAAUGCAGAGGUGACCAACCUCCGAAAAGAGAGGGAUACAACAAUCAGUCGUAUCACGACUGAGAACACGGCAGACUCUCAGAAGGUGCGAGUGUUACAGCGGGAGAAUGCUCAGCUCCACCUCAAGCUGAAGAGCCUUCUGUCAGAAAUGGAGGAGAUCCGCGAUCAAAGGGAGAAAAUUGGACUGGAGUCUGAUAGUGUCACUCGCAUUCAGUCCAAGCAGCUUGCAGAGAACACUGCUGUAAUCAAGACUCUUGAGGCUGAGAGGGAAUCCCUGCGUCGUCAGUCAGACAGCCUCCAGAGGGAGCUGUCCGGGACUGGGGAGACCCACAACCGACUCACGGGUAAGAUCCAUGAACUGGAGAAGGAGAACCUGGUGUUCAAGAACAGAGUAGAGGAGCUGACACACAAGAACAAGGUGGAGCUGACCAAUCUGAAGAUGGAGAUGCUGAAACAGAGGGGCGAUUUGGAGAGGGAGCGUGACAGGCUGGCUAACAUGGUGGAAGAUAUGCAGACUAACAUUGAAAUCUCGGAGCAUAAGAUAGAGCGUCAGAGUCUGGCGCUGGAGGAGAAGGAGCGUGAGGCCGUGAGACGAGUUCAGGCUGCCAGGGAGGAGGAGUUCACCAAGUUCACACAAGCAGAGAAUGAAAAGUUGGAGUUGGAAGCUAAGCUUCAGGAAGUUGACAGAAGAAAGAUUGAUGAGGAAGCUGCAAGACAUGCAGAGCAAGAGCGUAUGGGAGAAAGAAUAUCUUCAGCAAACAGUGCUCGAGAUUCAGCAGAGAAGGAACUACUAGUGCUCAAGACACGAAUACACAAUUUCGAGUCUCUACAAAGUCAGUUGGAGCGAGAAAGGGGAGAAAACUCUGAUCUGAAGAGUAAAAUCAGCAAGCUUGAAGCGGAGUUGGGUGGUUUCCUAGGAAAUGAACAUGACAUGACUGAUCAAGUGAUCAAGUUAAGGAACCAAAACGAGUUGUUAAAAGAUGAACUGAGAUUAACACAGGAUCAGAUGGUGAAGAUUCAGGACAACCAUGAUCGUAUCCUGGCCAGCCAGAGGGCAGCACUAGUGGAUGAGAAGACACAGCUGGGGUUAAGGGUUCAGGAAUUAGAGGAGAAGUACAGCAAUGCUCAUUCUAAACUACAGAAAGCAGCUUCCAUUCAUAAAAAGUACAAGAAGAAGCAUCACAGAGUAACAGAUCACCUCCGAGAAAAGCUGCAGGUGCUUGAUGCUAAGAACACAGAGCUAGACCUUGAGAAACAAGCACUUUCGCGCUGUGUCCCCCAGGAUGCUUAUAACCGUCUCAAGAAGCAGUGGAAGGACCUGUACCGGCGCCACCAAGAGUUCCGGGCCAUGUUGCUGCCUGGUGUCAGGCAUGUCAACAUUGGGGACAAAUCAUUUGCAACCAUCAAUAUGCCAUUUGAUGCCUCACUGCCAAACUGGAGUGUCUUAGAUUUGGAGCGAGAACACCAGGAAGAUCUACAACUGCUGAAGCGACGGCUGGACACCCUUGACGACACACAAAGGCAACAGCUGCAGGAGCUGACAGAGAUCACAAACACCUCCUUCCGCCGAUCACAAUUUGACGGCCAUACAACACUGACCAAGGCUGACCUUGAUUGUCACAGUACACGUAGAGACAAUGUGGAGGAUUCCAGAGAAAAGGCAGAUGAAGAAAAAGCCUCCAUUUGAUAUUUGUUGUAAACUCAUAAUUACUGAUCAAUAGUCUUCAUUCUCUUUAGAUGAUUUGGUUAUAUUUUUUCGAAUUUCUACAUGUUUAAAAUAUAUAAAAGUGUCUAUAUCAUCUCAGGAUCAUUUAUCUUUCUUACAGAAUGCUAUCAUGUCAUUGAUUUUAAGUGCCUAUAUACUCUUUCCAGUCAGUUUUCCAGGGUAUCUGAAAGGCAAUUGUCUGUUCAUGGGGAAUACUAGAGGGCUUCUGUUAGUGCAGACCAUUGUUUGUCUGAUUCAUUAGAUCUGGACACUAUUGCUGUACAAUUCAAUGUAGUGAAACUAAAAACAAGGAAACAUGGUCAUUAUGAAAUUGUUUUGUAUAUCUUUGUUAUAUUAUAUAUAUUGUAAUAUAUGUAUAGAUAAAAUAAACUUUGUCAAAAUGAA